AUGGUCGUUCGAAUACGGCUUGCCCGCUUCGGAAAGCGACACAGUCCUUUCUACAACGUGGUUGUCACACAAGCAAGAACUGCUAGAAACAGUAAACCGAUGGAAGUUUUAGGAACAUACGACCCGAAACCGAAAUCCGCUCUUGACGGGGAAGGACGACAGUUCAAGGACAUCAAAUUAGAUGUUGCGCGCGCAAAAUAUUGGCUGGGUGUUGGCGCGCAACCAAGUGAUCCGGCACGAGCAAUGCUAUCGAUGGCAAGUCCGGUGCAAUGUCUGGCCGCCUGA